AUGGCUGGUGGCCUUGCGCACUUCGACCAGCGGAAUAAAUGCGUCACUGCACAUGAGUGGACAGACUGGCUGCGAAAAGUGAGAGCGCUGCAGAUUGAGUAUUGGGCGAGUCAUGUGUUGAUAACGUGUACUGUUUUGCUCCCUGUAGUUUUUUUUUAUCCUCGCGAUGUAACGAAUCUCGUCGUCGCAUCCCGAUUUUGCCGAUAUGCUUCGCAUAUUGUAGGUAUUGAGUGGGAAUUACGCGGACUGCAGCAUUGGGAUAAUGAGCAAUGUUAUAUCGUUAUUUCUAAUCACCAGAGCUCACUAGAUAUUUUAGGUAUGUUCGAAAUGUGGCCGCGAAUGAAGCGAUGCACAGUAGUUGCCAAGAGGCCUCUAAUGUUUACUGGUGCAUUCGGUUUUGGAGCUUGGCUAUCCGGUCUAGUAUUCAUCGAUCGUCUUAAAACCGAUAAAGCUCGUCAACUCAUGAGAGAGGCUACAGACAGAGUAAUAAGAGAGAAGACUAAACUGUGGAUAUUUCCUGAAGGUGCGAGAUAUAAUAAUGGCAAUGUGCAGCCAUUUAAAAAAGGUGCAUUCUAUCUUGCAAUUGAUGCCCAGAUUCCUAUAAUGCCUGUUGUUUUUAGCCAAUACUACUUCCUUGACAAUGAAACAAAAACUUUUGAACCAGGAAAAGUUGUGAUUACCACCUUGCCUCCUAUACCAACAAAAGGUAUGACACAUAAUGACUUGGAAGCUCUAUCAGAAAUGGCUCGACAACAAAUGAUUGAAGUCUUCAAUGAAAGCUCUAAAGACUUAGUGAAACAAAAUAAAAUUGCAAUU